ACAGAUUUAGUUAAAUAUAAGUAUGAAGGUGGAUUUAAAUUAUGGGAAUGUUCGGAAGAUUUAGUUGAAUUUAUGACAAGUAAUUUGAAUUUUGUUGAAGAAAAUGUAAAGAAUAAGAAUAUAUUAGAAUUAGGAUGUGGUCAUUCUUUACCUUCUAUUCAUUGUUUAUUAUAUUGUAAUGCAAAUAUUUGUGCUUUUCAAGAUUAUAAUCAUGAUGUUAUUGAAAAUUUAACAAUACCUAAUAUUAUAGUAAAUUUGAAUGAUGAAAAACUUUUAGAUAAAACAAUGGAAAGAUGUGAAUUUUAUUCUGGUGAUUGGGGUUUCAUGUCUGAACAACAAUUGAACAAAUUUGAUUUAAUUUUAAUGAGUGAUACUAUUUAUCAUGUUGAUUCCUAUGAUAGAUUAUAUAGAGCUAUUAAAUCAUCUUUAAAGAAGGGUGGAAAAGUAUUGUGUGGAGCUAAAUCAUAUUAUUUUGGAUGUGGUGGAAGUACUAAACAAUUUAAGGAAUUUAUUCAACAAAAAGAAGGUUCCAAUGUAAAGAUUGAAACUGUUAAGGAUAUUAUGGAUGGAACUUCAAAUGUUCGUGAAAUUUUACUUUUUACU